UAGGGUCCACCUGCAGGGGCCUCUCAGCUUCUGCAGCCUGAGCUGGAGGGGAAAGAUGCAGGAGCUCAUCGCGGGCCUGGAGCGCUUCACCUUCACCUUCGAGAAGGAUGUGGACGUGCAGAAGGGCGUGGGUCUCCUGCCUUUCCAGGGCAUGGACAAGUCCAGCUCUGCUGUGUGCAACUUCUUCUCCCAAGGGCUCUGUGGGAAAGGUAGGCGCUGCCCUUUCCGGCAUGAUGGUGGGGGGCAGACGGUGGUGUGCAAGCACUGGCUGCGGGGCCUGUGCAAGAAGGGUGACCAGUGCAAGUUCCUGCACCAGUACGACGUCACCAGGAUGCCUGAGUGCUACUUCUACUCCAAGUUCGGUGAAUGCAACAACAAGGAGUGUUCCUUCCUUCAUGUGAAGCCAGCAUCCAAGGCCCGGGACUGUCCUUGGUAUAAUCAAGGUUUCUGCAAGGAUGGUCCCCUGUGCAGAUACCGUCAUGUCCACCGAGUGAUGUGCAUCAACUACUUAGCUGGCUUCUGCCCCGAGGGACCCAAGUGCCAAUUUGCACAGUAA